GCUAAUGUUUGGGCCGCAUUGAUGUUAAGUCUCUUCACUGAGUCCAGCAAGAGUACGACGUCGCAUCAAUCUCGACGCUUUUAAAAUUCUUACAACCCAAAAUCUCAGGCUUCAUCAGCCUUCGUCUCAACUUCUCGACAGCCGGAAACUGGAGUUGGACCUCAGCAGCAACUCCAUCUCGGCUGAAUCAAACGCCUUCCCUGCCGCCGCGUCUCCAGAUCCGGACCGUCCUGAACCUCAGACGAUGAGUAGAACCCGGAUUCUCAGAAACCCGAUUGUAUUCGUAUUCGGGUUCGUGUCGAUUUCUUGUUUCGUAAUCCUCACAAUCUCAAUACUGCGGCUUCCAGACAUCCCGCUCGGACCAUACGUCGCCACAAAAGCCAGCCGAAAAGCCUCACAAAACGACAAAUUACCGAUCGGGAAGUUCGGAGAAAUGACGCUCGAAAUGCUGCCGGAAGAUCUUCCCUUCACCGUGUUCCUCCCUUCGGAGAGAGCCUUCGCGCGCGAUCUGCGGCUGAGAUGGAAGGAUAGCUUGUCGCCCGAGAAGAUGAACGACACUUACGCGAUAAUUUCGCGAGUGCUGGGGUUCUCGACGGUGCCGAGGAGUAUUGCUUCGGACAAUGUGCCGAUUGGGAAGGAGCUGUCGUACGAUUCGAUAUCUGGGUUUACGCUGUGGUUGUCGAAGGAGGAGGACGGGGCGGUGGUGGUGAACGGAGUUCGGUCGGAGAGGGUUGAUGUGAGGAGGAAGGCGAGCGUGGUGCAUGUUAUGGAUGGGGUUGUCAUGGAUGCCGAGUUCCAGCAAGCGUUUCAGACCGAAGAAGAAGAAGACUGAGUGAAAGAGUGAAAAAAAAAAAAACUCAACAUCUGCAAAUUAACAUCAUGUUUUAACUUCAAAUCCUGUACCCUCCAAAAAUUACUCAGAGAAACAUAUGAAUUUGAUUUUGUAAUCGUUUCGACUUAAUUUGAUAACGUACUUAUUUUCUAA